AUGAUAGGUAAUGAGAACAUAAUCAAUAACUACUUUGCCUCUUUGUUCAAGAAAUCUGCUCCGACAGAGAAUGUUCCAACAAUUCCUAUUACUUCAGAAUUUAAUUCCUUAACAAUUGUAGAUCCUUUGGGAAUGAAUAAUACCAUCUCUAUGCCUCUUAUUUCUCAAGUGAAUCAGACUAAGUCGACUGUUCGUCUGGCCUCUAUUCUUCCUGCGACUGUAUCGACUGUUACAAAUAAUCAGAGUUCUUCGUCUGGGUUAGGAAGUCAUGUUCCUAUUGAAUCUGUCAUUGAUCGAAACACACAGAGAGUGUUUAUGAAUCCUCAACCUUCUUUAAUUCCCCAAUCCAUUUUGGAAACUCAUGAAUCCUCGAUGGAUCGAAACCUGCCUAAAUCGCAAUUCCCUGCUCCUGAGAAAGAUAUUCAGAUUCCAGUAGUCAUUUCAAAUUCUCAAAAUCCUUCUGGUAGUCAAGUUCCUGCUUCUAAUAUUGUUUUUGGUUCCUUAAAUUCUGUGAAUUCUCCUAAAACUGCUAAGAGGAUUAUGGUGGAAACUGAUUCUUAUACUUUAUUUCAAAUGGUGAGAGGAUUAGCUGCUGUUCCAUGGAAGAUGCAAUAUCUGUUAGAAAGGAUUAAGCUGUUGUUUAAUUUUCUGAAUUUGCAAAUCAAGCACAUAUAUAGGGAAGCUAAUGGUCUGGCUGACUUCUUCGCUUCCUUUGCUGUUAAAUCAGAACAGUACACUGAAUUUUCUGCAACUAAUAUUCUGCCAUCUAUUGGGAGGCUUAUAAUGCAACAAGAUUUAUAUGGAUUUCCCUCUGCCAGAUUGAAGAGAUUGAUAUGUGAACAAAGAGAAGAAUCAAGAGCAGUUCUUCAGUUUCUGUUUGCUGCUCCUUUUCCAAUCUGCCUGGACUAUCUUCUGGACUUCUUUUGUGAGCUUUUGAGUGUGGAUGAUCAGGUGAUAUUUGAUGUUUGGUCUACUCUGCAUCUGGCCAUUUCAGACAACUGGUUAUUAAUGAAUAGUGCAUGUAUGAGAGCUGUAUCUGGACUAGCUCUAGAAGGGUCUGGACAGCCAUAUUUGACUGCUUGGCAUUCUGACCAAUGCUGCAGAUUAUUUGAGGGGAUGAUCCUUAUUAUUUUUGGCAGACUGUUGGGCUUCACUGUCUCUCCCUGGACUGCAUUUGCUACCGUUUCUUUUGUGGCUUUCACUAUAAAGCCUGGAUCAGCUGAUGACAUUAAGGGUAAGGAGUUAUUAAAGUCUUCUCUUUCUGAUAAAAAUCCUGGAAUGAACCUUUCGUCUUCAGCAGUUUGUGUGGGUAACCAGUCUUCUAUGCCUCUAACUUUACCUCUGGUAUCUCAAUCGAUUCAUUUUCCCCAAAUUUCUCAAGAACCCGGUGUUUCUCACAGAUCUUCAAACCAUCCAAUUUCUCGAUCUUCUUCUCUUCCUCAAAUUAACUUUUUCGGCCAAGAUUCGUCAGGGAUUCAGUAUCCUCUCUCGAUUCAGAGCUCUCUGGUUCCUCAAACUUCUUUAGAUCCUCAUCUACCUGUUUCACGACAGUCUUCGAUCGCGAAUGUUCCUUCGGCGGAUUCUGGUAACUCAUCUAUGGGAAAUGGUUUGCUAACUUCGGCUGGGAUUCCCAAACCAGCGAAGAGGGUUGUUUACAACAAUGGUGAACCUGGAAUGAAAAAGAGGAUUGCAAAAGGGGAUGAGGAGAAAGGGAAUGGGCAGAAUGUUGAGGUAAACCAGCAGAAAGAGAUCAAUAUUCAGAGUGGAGUGGAUCAUGUUGUGAUAAAUAUUGCUGAUAAAGGGAAAGGAAUUGUACAGACUAUGCCAGGAGGAAAUCAGAAACAAGCUUUUAAAAGAAAAGAAGUUGUUCAUAAGCCAGAGAUUGGAAAUAGAUUCAGUGCUCUGGCUUUUGAGGAAUAG